AUGCGAUCAGCUUAUCAUUCAAUAUUAAAGUGGUCAUUUUUAACAGGAACAUCAACAAUAUUAUUAAAAUUAUGUUAUGAAAGUUUAUAUAAUGUAUCUUUAAGAACAUCAAAUAAAUCUAUAUCAACUUAUGAAAAUACUUUAAUUUCUUGGGCAUCAACUGGUCAACGUUCAAAAACAAUUCAAAAUAAAUUAAUUGAUACAAAAAUUCCUGAUAAUUUACAAUUCAUUGGUGCACAAAUUUAUUUUCGACAUGGCGCUCGGACACCACUUAGUUUAUUACCAGGACUUGAAGAAGUAUCUUAUACUAAAGAACAUAUUGAAAUUUAUCCACCAUCAAAAUGGGAUAUUAAAUUAAUUACAAAAUUAGGUAAUGAUAUUGUAUCAAAAGAUAAAAUAUUAUCAGCAAAUGAUAUUAUUGGUGAUAGAAUUAAACAAUUAAAAUCAGCUUCAGAUGUAAAAGUAGUUACAGGACAAUUAACAGCAAUUGGUGAAAAACAAUUAUAUCAACUUGGAAAAUUAAUAAGAUCUCAAAUAAUUAAACAAGAUAAUAAUGGACUUAUACCAAAUAUUUAUGAUCCAAAUAUUGUCUAUUGUCGAUCAACAUAUAUGAAUCGAACUAUAGCCAGUGCUCGAUCAUUUCUUGCUGGUCUAUUCUCAUCAGAAAAAGACGAUAAUAAAAUACAAGCUAAAGGUCCUUUCGAAAUUGAAGUUCAUAAUUUUCCAGAUGAAGAUAUGUUUCCAAAUUCAAAAAUGUAUCCAGCUCUAAAGAAAUGUCAUACAGCUUUAGAAUUAUAUAGAUUUUUACAUGAUGAUCAUGAUUUAAAAAAAGCUCGUCAAGCAUUAAUUAAUCAUAUUGGUGUUGAAGAUUAUCCUCAUGGAAUUGUUGAAUUAUAUGAUGAAUUUGUUUCAAGACAAGCACAUAAUUUUUCUAUUCCAAAAAAGUUUCUUGAAUUAACAAAAGAUUUUGAAGUAAUGUCUGCACGAGAAUUUGUUUCAAUGGCAACAUCAAUUGGUUUUGAUUUAUUUAUACGUUCAACAUGUGGACCACUUCUUUAUUUAAUGAAAGAAAAUUUUAAUUCAAUAGCAAAAAAUUAUCUUGAUGAAAAAGAAAAUAAUAUUAAAAAACCAUAUAAAAAAUUAUUUGUUUAUUCUGGUCAUGAUACAACAUUAAUUCCUUUAACAAUGGCACUUGAAAUUUUUGAAAUGCGAUGGCCAGAUUAUGGUUCAUAUAUUUUUAUGAAAUAUUAUGUAUCAAAAACAAAUCCUAAUGAAACAUAUGUUGCGGUUGAUUAUGCUGAUGAACCACAGAUAUUGCCUAAUUGUGAUAAUUAUUAUUGUCCUUAUUCAACAUUUUUGAAGAAUCUAGAAAAUCGUUUUGAAAAACCGAAAUAUUUAAAAAAUAAUUAG